CUGGAACGGCUAAAAAAAAGCGAUAUAUGUGUUUAAGCACAUCAUUGGGGAGGGAAAAGAGGCAAACGAUUAUAAAGGGCCCCCAAACCCUCCCUUUAUCAGCAAGGGACAUAAGGGGAGGGGGUUGAAGAGUCAUACCGCGGGUGAAAUAUGGAAACCGUUUUCAAGAAAAGAUAAUUAGAACGGAGAGAAAGCCCAAAGAAAAUAUUUUUCUCCCUUCAGUUUCGUCACUGGCAGGAGAGGCGUUUUCUCAGAUUAAUGGCAGUGGAUUGAUGUUAAUGAAGCCCCCCCAUCUCCUUUCCAAAACCCUGACCCCUCCAAGAUAAGAGAUCCUGCAGGAGGAGGAGGAGCAGGAGGUGUUUGAGGAGGAUGGUCCGAAGGGGAAGCCUAAUACUUUGUGGAGCUGCACUCUUUGUGGCUUGGAACGCCUUGCUCUUCCUCUUCCUCUGGGGAAGGCCUACCUUCACCGGCCCUUCAAAUGGAGUUGGAGUUGAACCAGGAGGCAACCGAGAAUGGGUUGGUGGAGUUGACCUGACCCAGGAUGUUGUGCGACUGGCUGAAGAGGUAGAAACAGAGCUGGAAAAGCAGAAGCUUCUUUUGCAGCAAAUCCAGGGUCACCGAGCACUGUGGGACAAGCGAAAGCAGAUAAAACAAAUAAAAAAUAGAGAUGUGAAUCCAUUUCCAAAAAGGGAUGCUAAAUCCGCAAUGGUCAAUGACCCAAAAAUUCCUGAAGUAAAGGACAUUGUUAUUCCUAUUUUAGUCAUCGCUUGUGACCGGCCUACAGUUAAGCGAUGUCUUGAUAAGCUCUUAUAUUACCGACCUUCCAAAGAGCUGUUUCCCAUCAUAGUGAGCCAGGACUGUGGCCACAAGGAAACCUCCAAGGCAAUUGAUUCCUAUGGUGAUCAAGUGAUGCACAUUCGCCAACCUGACCUUGGAGACCUUGCAGUGCGACCAGACCAUAGAAAGUUCCAAGGCUACUACAAGAUUGCCCGACAUUAUCGCUGGGCACUCAAUCAAAUCUUCCACACAUUUAAAUACCAAGCUGCAGUGAUUGUUGAGGAUGAUCUGGAGGUAUCCCCAGACUUCUUUGAGUACUUCCGUUCUCUCUUUCCCCUACUGCUUGAAGAUAAGUCCCUGUGGUGCAUCUCUGCAUGGAAUGACAAUGGCCGUGAACAGAUGAUUGAUCAAAAAUCUCCUGAGCUCCUGUACCGGACUGACUUUUUCCCAGGGCUGGGCUGGAUGCUGCUGAAAGACCUCUGGGAAGAGUUGGAGCCCAAGUGGCCUGCCUCGUUCUGGGACGACUGGAUGAGGCAGCCAGAGCAGCGGAAAGGCCGGGCCUGCGUCCGCCCAGAAGUUUCUCGCACCAUGACUUUCGGUCGGAAGGGUGUGAGUCUGGGUCAGUUUUUUGACCAAUACCUGCGUUUCAUAAAACUCAAUGACCAGUUUGUGCCUUUCACUCAGCGCGAUCUCGGCUACCUCAAGAAGGAGGCUUACGAUCGGACGUUCACCGAGCAAGUGUAUGCUGCCCCAGUAGUGACUGUGGAGGAACUGCAGGGAAACCGAGUUUCAAGCUCCGGCCCUGUUCGGAUACAGUACUCCACAAGAGACAGUUUUAAAGCUUUUGCCAAAGCCCUUGGGGUCAUGGAUGAUCUCAAGUCUGGGGUUCCUAGAGCUGGUUACAUGGGGGUUGUCAGCUUCAUGUAUCGCAGCAGGAGGGUAUACUUAGCGCCACCUCCUGGCUGGACAGGAUACGAUACAACUUGGAGUUAACCCCUCCGCAGCAGUGGCUCCCCCAUUUUUUUUUUUUUUGUCAGCCCCCCUCUUCUACAGUUGUGGUAGCUUCCAAUAUUACAUUGCCUUACUUUUUUACGUUUAUUUUGUUCCCUGCCACCCUUUAUUGUUACCCAUUGUUAAACCUUUAAGCAAACCUGAAUGGAGUAAGUUGUAUUUUAUUUUUUUUUUCUCCCCCCACCUAUUAAUUGAAAAUAUCGAUACAAGGAUGAUGCAGGCCAUCUGCUAUUUAUAAUGCAUGCUGCUUUUUUUUUUUUUUUUAUCUAGAAAUUUUAGAAUUGAUCACCUUGAACCACACGUAAGGAAAAAAGUGUUAAAUUUGGUAGGCAGCAGCUGAGAGCAGUAAAAGAGCGAAAGAGGAAAAAAUGGAAAGACUAAUACUUGAACAUGAGCGUGUAGGCCGUAGCACACUGGCAGGUAAGAAGGAAAUCCAGGCAGCACAAGAGUUGUUGGUUUUUCUUUUUCCUAUUUUUAGGAAAAGUAUGAAUUUGUAACAUAAACACAUAACUACAAACACUUGAGAUGUUUGCUACCGGGGUGUGUAUGGAUGCAUACGUACAUUUGUAUACAUUCACGCGCAGGCUUUGAGUACUAAAAAGCAUUUGCUGGAAAGACUGCAUAUAUGAUGACGUCCUUGUAACUUCUUGUCAAUGCAGAUUUUUUUUUUUUUUUUCUUUUUCUAAAUUCUUUUUGAAUGUUUCAGGUGCAAAUUUUAAUAUAUUUAGGUCUUUUUUCUAUUUUUCAGAUGUUUUCAUACACUUUUUUCUGUAAGAAUACAAUAACUUUUUCACCAAACUGAUUGCUUCUGAAAAGCUUGUAGGAGAGAAAACAUCCAUGGUUUUUCUUCCUGGGAAUUCUUCUUUUAUAUCUUCUGUAUACUAGUUGUUGUUUGUUUUUCCCUUCAAAUCAUUAGAAAGCCAGGGCACACAUGAUCAUGUGCUGUUUGCCCUCUAAACUAAACUACAUUAGGACUCUUGCGCCUGUACAGUUCUACUGCUCACGUCGGUUACUUCCAACACCAAGUGAAAAAUGAAGCCAAACGUAUCCCAGACAUUCUGGAUCUUUCAGAGAUUUUGAAACCAAUCGUGUUUCAGCUGUCUGCUCACUGAGCAUCUCCUUUCGUAGGGUUUUGGGUGGUGGGGAGGUGGGGGGGUGUUUGGGUUUUGCCCAAGUCUGUCAGUGUGGUCAGUUUUCUUGUCUUUUUUGUGUUACCAGCCUUGAUCUACCAUUGCCUGCCACAGCAUGAGGGCAGUAUGAUCUUUGGUAUCCUUGGUGUCUGUAAGAAACUGUAUCCUAUCUGAAUCGGGCAUCUCUUUCAAGUUGUCUGUGCUGCACAGCCAUAUGUACAGUUGCAGGAUUAAACCAUUGAAUAGUCGUCAUUUAUGUCAAAUAUUCAUUAGGACAGCUGGGGUGUGUGGUGUGAGUGUUUUUGUUUUGUGUGGGAGUUCCACCGGAUUCAGGAAGAUACCAGGUCGAACUUUUUUAUUCCUCGGCCCCUGCUGUUUUCUGUCCUUGCAUGUUACCCUACACCCCCAAUAUACUGCACACAGCAGACACUGCCAGUUGAAGUGCUAAAUUAAAGCCCGUCCAUGUUCUGUUGGCCUCACCCCAUACUGAACUAGGCUCACAAAUGUCUUUGUCAGAUCAGAUACUCGCUGAUAAAAUUCUAGAAUUGACCAUGACUGAUCAGAAAGUGAUGCCUAAUGUUGAAAUAACAACAAAAUUAGAAAUUCCUUUUGAUGUUUUACAGCACAGACAUGGCAGAUGCUUGGCUCAAAGUUCAAGUGUUCCACUUGUUAAGUGCAGCUAGAGUUCGGUCUUUCUCUGAUAUUGGUUAGGUGAUAAAUCAAUCAAGAUGUUUCCCAAUAUCUCUCUUACUUUGCUUUACUUUGGAUCAACACUCAAUACAGAUUCAUUUCUGGAUGCAGUUCUGGGUUACCUGCCUCCAAGCUUCCAUUGUCAAUGUGCCGGACUCCUGGACUGAAACAGACGAGGGUUUGUCACCUUUAGCUGGCUAACAGGCACACGGGUAUCACUUUAUGCAGUAUGCACAGGAAGCCACUCAAGUCCAUCAUGGUGCUAUUACGUACAUUAAAUAAUGUGACAGUCAUCAUCGAGAAAGAUCACUAAGAAGCAGGAAGUUGGGUGGCAGCUUGCAGCAGAGGCACUUUUUUAAUUUAAUUUAAUUUUAGGCCAAAGAGUAAAGCAUGAAGAAAGCAAGACUGAAGAUAUGGCUGGGUAAAUGUUUGUACUGACUAAAUGAGUGCACUUUUUGUCUACAAAAUGUGGUUUAUAGUGACGUGUGGGGUUUUUGUUGUGUGAUUUUUCUUUUUUUUUUUUCUUUUGGUUUUUAUUUACACAAAAAUGUUAUUGGUAAAUGUCCUAUUGAAUUGACAAAAAGAUCUUGGCCUUUAGACCUGGGCAUAUAUGGCAGGCAGAUAACAACAGUUUUCUUGUUUACUGUAGAGAUCUAUUACACAAGUAUUUGAAAAUGUUCAAAUUGAUACUAUACUCCAACUCCUGUGUGAAAAGCCAUGCUGAUGUUCCACUUUGCUUGCAGUUUUUGAAUAGAAGGUGAGGGGACAAAUACCUGAUUUAAACCCAAAUGUCAUUUGUGUUAUGUCUGUAAGCAAGAAUUAAAAAAAAAAAAAUUCAGAUAUCCUGUAAAAGGAAAAUUUUUAAAUGUUUUUUUUUUUUUCUUUACAUCUAAUAAACUUUAAGUUGGGAGCAAAUUGCCUUGUCCAAAUGGUCAGUAAUUACGACAUUUUCCCUUUGUGCAAGAUGGAAAAAGGCUUUCAGCAAAGGAGCAAACGCUUCUUGUCUGAGAUGUUAGACUACUAAUUUAAAGUCAAACUCUUUGGUUUACCUCUACGUAAACCAUCUGUGUUCUUUAAUACAAUUAUUUUACUCCUAUACAUGCAAACUUAUUCAGGAUGGAGUAUGGUUUACAAACAAAUGCUGAAAAUAGCAUUUAUUUUCAAUUUUAUCAGCAAAUCAAAUGAAAGGCUCUUGCUACACCAUCUGGCCUUUUAUUUGAACAUUUUAGAAGUGUUAUGGUUUUGGUAAUUUCCUCCCUUUCUAUGGAGGAGGUCGCACUCAAUGUUUAUGCAUUGUUUGUUUCUAUCUUUUUUUUUUUUUCCUUUAAAUUAAGGGCUGGGCUGGGGUUUCUCAUGUUUACAUUCUGUGAAAAGUAGGAAGGGAGACUGAAUUGGGCCUAUCCUGUCAUGCAGACUUUGUAUGUAAAUAAUAAUAAAGUUGGGCAAUUGCUUAA